AUGAACUUUCAGGACCCAAGGCCUUCUCUACGGGGCACAAGGCAUUGGUCCGGUCGUUCCGUUCUAUCACGACGCUCCCUUCGCUCCUUCACCACCUCGUCAUUCGAGGCCGACGACGAACGAUCAUCCACCGAAGGCGGACCUUACGACGACGAAGACUACUCUCGCUUCUAUUACGGCAUGAGCUCCUCUCGCAGCAGCAGUACCGCGCCUGCGGGUGAAGCUCGACAUCGUCAUCACCAGCCAUCGACCGUCGCUCUCUAUCCUGGCUACGAUGGCCGUCCGACCAGUCGCAAAGAGCUCGCCGGAUGGUUCAUGUAUUCUUUUGCCGCCGAGACCUAUGUGAUCUGUGGAAUUGGCUCCUUCAUCCCCAUCCUCCUCGAGAGCCUUGCCCGCGAAAACGGCGUCUUGUAUUCCAACCCGGAUGUGCCUUGCGGAUCGAGCGAUAGCAAAAAUCAGGAUGACGGUGGCCAAUGCGUCGUCUUCAUCCUCGGAAUCCCCGUCAACACGGCUAGCUUCGCCAUGUACACCUUUUCCGUCAGCGUGCUCCUGCAGGCCUUGCUGGUUGUGAGCAUCAGCUGCGCCGCCGACCAUGGCAACUACCGCAAGAAGCUUCUGCUGGCCUUUGCCUGGCUGGGUAGCUUGUCCGUCAUGGGCUACAUAUUCGUCACCAAGGAGACGUACCUUCUCGGCGCCAUCCUCACCAUCAUCUCCAACACGUCGUUCGGCGCCUCAUUCGUCCUCCUCAACUCGUUCCUGCCCCUGCUCGUGCGCAACCACCCGGAUGUCAUUGCUGCCCGCAACCCGCGUACACCCGAUCUGGCCGACUCGAUGCUCGAAUCCAGACCCCUCGAGGACUCGACCGGGAGCCUCGACGUCGACAGAGCUGACGCCACGUCCCCCCUGCUGCCCGAUGAGUCGCUGCAGGCCUCCCAGUCGCGUCUGGGCAGCAAAGCCUCGCCCACCGAAGUCACGUCCAAGGAGCUGGAGCUGUCAACGUCCAUGUCAUCCAAGGGCGUGGGCAUCGGCUACAGCGCUGCCCUCUUCCUGCAGUGCAUCGCCAUCGGCGUCCUCGUCGUCAUGCAGAACACGACGUGGUCCCAGCGCGUCGUCCUCUUCACCGUCGGCCUGUGGUGGACCGUCUUCACCAUACCUGCCGCCUUGUGGCUCCGCCCGAGACCCGGCCCGCCGCUGACGGAUGAGCACAAGGGCCGUCUCUCAGGCUUGGCAUACCUCGUAUUCGCGUGGAAGUCUCUGUACCGCACCGUCAGGCUCGCGCGCCGGCUCGUCGAUAUCACGCUCUUCCUGGCCAGCUGGUUCCUGCUCUCCGACGCCGUCGCCACCACGUCGUCGACGGCCAUCCUCUUCGCCAAGACGACGCUGCACAUGCGUCCCUGGGCUCUGGGUAUGAUCAAUGUCAUCACCACCAUGUGCGGCGUCAUCGGCGCCUUUGGCUGGUCUUGGUUCUCGCGCACCUUUGGCCUGCAGCCCCACCACACCAUCCUCGUCUGCAUCGCCCUCUUCGAGCUCAUCCCGCUCUACGGCCUGAUGGGCUACCUGCCCUUUGUCAAGGAGUGGGGCGUCCUCGGCCUCCAGCAGCCGUGGGAGAUGUACCCCCUCGCCGGCAUCUUCGGGCUCGUCAUGGGCGGCCUGGGCAGCUACUGUCGCUCCCUGUACGGCGAGCUGAUUCCCCCCGGCUCCGAGGCUGCCUUCUAUGCCCUGUACGCCAUCACCGACAAGGGGUCCAGCGUCUUCGGCCCCACCAUAGUGGCCGCCAUCAUCGACAGGUCGGGCAGCAUCCGACCGGCGUUCUGGUUCCUCGCCGCCCUAGUCGGGCUCCCUGCGCCGCUCGUCUGGUUCAUCGACGUCGAGCGCGGCAGGCGCGAGGGCGAGAGGCUGGCUACCAAGAUUGAGUGUCUCGAUGGGCCUAUGGGUUAUGGCGCCGUCGACCAGGCGAUGACCGACGAGGACGGCACGGUCGCCAGCUACACUGACCAGACCGAGCAUGACCGAGUCACACCCCGUGCAACCGCCCAGGAUCGUUGA